ACUUAUCAGGUAGGAUUAAGUCUAGUGGCGUCUACUCUUCCGUUCAAUUUGAAAUUUUUGGUCUCAACUUUACCUAACAUUUGUGUGAGAUACCUACUCCAUAAUUGACUGCUCUAAUUUUUUUAUUUAAUAAUGUCUUGAUAAUUUAAGACACAAAUAUAAGUGUAAUUUUACCGAAAAUUGGAUAAAAACUACUUUGAUGGCCUAGGCGUUUGUUUCUGUUCAAAACUCAUUCUACAAGGAGUAUUAAAAUAAAAUGCCUUUAAAGCAAAGUGGUGGUGAUAAAUAUGAUACAGAUACGAAUAUUAAAGCCAGCUCUGUUGAAGAACCAAUAAAAUUGGAUGAUGUGUUGAGAAAUGAGCUUGGAGAGUUUGGGCGGUUUCAGUUUCGAUGUAUGCUCUUAGUGGCAUUGCCUAUAUUAUUGGCGGCUUUAAAAAACGAUUUCGUAUUUUUAGCAGUAGCAACACCACACAGAUGUCAAAUACCAGAAUGUGGUGAAAGCAGUAAACUGCACACCUACAAUCCUGACUGGAUUGUGAACGCAGUACCCGAGACGAGUUCAGGGCUCAAGAGCUGUAGCAGGUAUGCUCCUUACGCUGCUGGAAUCAACGGAUCAUUGGACUACUGCCCAGUUGGUCUCUUUGACCAGGGGAGUACUAUUGACUGUGACGGAUUUGUCUAUGCCAAUGAUAAUAGUAUUGUGUAUGAUUUUGACCUUGGCUGUCAAGAGUGGCUUCGCGCGUUGGCAGGCACAGUAAGCAGUCUUGGAGUGUUACUGGGGUUACCGCUGUCUGGGUACAUCUCAGAUCGAUUUGGUCGAAAGAUAGCUCUAGUGUUCAAUAUUUUUAGUUUAGCGUUCGUUGGUAUGGUCAAAGCUUUUUCAGUAAAUUACACUAUGUUUAUGAUUCUGCAAAUUAUCCAGACAGUGCUUGGUUCAAGCGUCUAUGCAUCAGCAUAUCUUCUUGUGACAGAGUUUGUUGGACAAAAGUAUCGAGUCGCUGCGAGCGCAUCUGCAGCUUCUAUGUACUCGAUUGGCCAAGUGUUGCUUGGCGGAAUAUAUUGGCUUAUUGGUAAUUGGCGUUACACUACAUUGGCCAUAUAUGUUCCAGGCUUGUUCUUGAUUGUAUGUUACUGGUUUUUGCCGGAAAGUAUCCGUUGGCUUCUUUCAAAGAAGAAGUAUGAUGAGGCGAGAAAGAUACUGGAAACUGUAGCAAGGGUAAAUAAAAGAACAAUUAGUGAAAAAACUAUGAAAGCUUUGUUGAAUCCUCCGCAAGCUCCUAUUCGACAUUUAGAGGGAUCGAAACCCGGUUUGAUCCGGACGAUACUACGCUCUCCGGUUUUACUAAGACGAGUAUGUACAACACCUUUUUGGUGGAUUGCCAUGAUUUUUGUCUUUUAUGGACUAUCUAUCAACUCGACCGGACUUUCUGAAACCAUAUACUUAAACUACAUGUUGGCCUGCGCUGUGGAACUCCCUGGUUUCUGCGCCGGUUUUCUAUUACUGGAUAGGAUCGGUAGAAGAGGCACACUUUCUUCUGGAUUCUUCUUUAGCUCCAUAUGCAACAUUCUGUUUAUUAUAAUUCCGCGUGGUAUGUCCACAUUUCGGUUAAUAACUUACCUUCUGGGAAAGUUCGGCAUAGCAAUGGCGAUGACUUCCGUGUACCUGUACACAUCAGAGCUGUACCCUACGGAGUUUCGACACACUCUGCUCGCCUUCUCCUCAAUGAUUGGAAGGAUUGGCUCUAUCGUUGCACCACUUACACCAGUAUUUAUACAAUACUGGCACGGCCUCCCCUCUGCGAUGUUUGGUGCUGUGGGCUUUCUUGGUGGCGUGUUAGUCCUCACUCAGCCUGAAACGCUCGGAACUAAAAUGCCAGAUACAUUGGCUGAAGCUGAAAUGCUCGGCAAGCCGAAAUCCAAGCUGAAAUCUGGACCCUGUUGAUUGAGUUGUCGUUUAUAUUUCAACUUAUUGUCGGCGCCGCCUACGUUCUACAAAAUAUAUACCUACCUAAGUGACCGACUUUUGUCAAAAAUAUGUUAUACAGAUUGCAAUAAAGUCGGCGAAAUUAUCGACUCGAUAUUAUCGAAACAUUGGCGGAGCGCCUUAUUGAGUGAAUACCAUUUUUGGACUAUAUUAUUUAAUGGAGUUUUGAAAACAUAACACAUACUUUGUACAUUAUUGUG